AUGUCGACGAUAACAACUCUUCCUCCUCUUGCGCAUCUGUCACCGGAGAGCCCGAAAAUCCCCUCUACUGUGGCUACUCCGAAUAUCUUGCCCGAAUACUUUCUCUCAUCAGUUCCGAAGCUCACUUAUGAACAAGCUGCCCACCUCCGUCAUUUCUUUAACCUUGCUUCGCUCUUGCCUGGGGAAUGGAGGCACAUGGGCACUCAGGAACCUUCGCAAGAGUUCCUUGACGCCUACCGUUACCAGCUCGCGAUCAUGACCUACGCCGCGGGUGCAGCACACUAUCAUCGUCUUCCUGCGCUGCGAUCAGUGUUCAAAACUCUUCUCAAAAUGCUGAUUGACAAGAUGCUGAGGAAGGAGGUCUGGGGAUAUUGGUACCUUACCAGUCAAAGUGGCAAGCUCGUUAAUCCGUCUAUCAAAGAGUUGAGGAAGCCUUGGGCGGAUCCAAACAAAAAGGAGAAUAUUAUGUACUCCGGACACCUUCUGUUAAUGGUGUCUCUCUACUCUAUGUUGUUCAAUGACGAUUCGUACGACGCCCCCGACGCCUUGGUCUUCAAUUGGGAUCCAAUAUUUUGGGGUAUGGGACCGGAGACGUUCAAGUACUCUCGAUCUAGCCUGCAGCAGGCCAUCCUAGACGAGAUGGAGAGGGAGAAUUGGCUUGGCGUUUGUUGCGAACCGAACAACAUCUUUGUCGCUUGUAAUCAGUUUCCGAUUAUCGCUAUGCGGUACAAUGAUAUUCGGUCGGGAACGGACGUCGCCGGUGGCGUACUAGAGCGAUAUAAAAGCUCCUGGGAGAAGGUUGGGAUAGUCGCUGAUAGCGGCCUGUUUGUGGAUAUGUAUCUCGUCGAACAACGCGCGAGGAUAUCACAGGGCCACAUCGGUUUCAGUGCCUGGGCUUCUGCGUUCAUGAAUUCCUGGAAUACCAAACAGGUUCACAGCGUCUAUGAGAGUCAAGCUCUCGGAUUUCUUCAGCGUGUAUCCCCCACUCGCGUCAACCUCAACCCCCCUCCCAUCGCCAAUGCCAUUCGCUCUCUGAUCGCCUCUGACCCCAACAUGGACCCGCAGGGCUCCGAGACACUCGCUCAAGCACGUGCAAUUGCUGCUCCCCCUAAGCAGUCGCGCAGUGGCUACAAGCUGCCCACGUUCGGCUAUGUCAUUCAGUGGGUCUCCGAAGUUGGUGACAAGGCUACGCUCGAUGGCCUGCUCAACCACGCGGAUCAGUACAUGAAUCCUCAGUGGGAGCUCGGCGGGCUUUUCUAUCCACGUUGCGAUACGUCUUCGGACAAUGACGGGAACUGGACCCAUGUCGACCCGUUCACAGGAAACGCUGGAAUUGGGUACGCCCGCUUGAAUGUGCCUGACGGACAACAUAAGAUGUGGGAGAAGCCGUGGACAAAGGAGGAACUCGAAGAGCGGCCUUUUGUUGAUGGUGUGGUUUUGAGUGAAGGCGUUGAUUUCUUGAGAGGUAGCUGGGUUGACGAGACUCGGGCGAUGGUGCUGACGAUGAAGACCUGGCAUGAAACGCCUGAUGAAUUCGUGCUCUGCAGUAUCUGCCCCGUAAUUCGGAACUUGAAAGCGGGUCGCUACGCGAUAUACGUCAAUAACGAAUGGUCCGAAGAAAAGGUCAUAGGAAAGACAGAUGACAUCGACAUCGCAGUGGAUGUCGAUGGCCAGGAGACGGACGUUGUAAUUCUUCAAAUUUGA